GGGUUAACGGCAGAGACAAUAUAUACGUCUAUGAUGGUGAGGACCCCGCCGUGUCCUCGCUGUAGAUGUGAUCAGGGAGGACCAUGUCCUGUUUCUAUCUCAUCCUGAUUGUAGGAAUAGGAGGGUGCUGCUCGCUGCCUCUGCCAUCUUCUCUGACCUUGGUGUGGAGUCUUCAGGAUCAGAGCAGCGUUCUCUGUCUGGUGCCACGACUAUACGACGUGGCCGGAGCUGUGUGGUUUCUAACGACCAAUCAGAGUCAAUCAGGAAAUUUCUAUCCAUGGAGACUGAAUUCGGCGAUGGUGAGGAUCUCCCGGAGUGGACAGCACCUUCUCCAGUAUGGAGACCCAAGACCUCAUAUCCUUCUACCGCUCAAUCAUCACUCGUCUCCUUCCUCUGAGAACAUGAAGACCCAUGUAUCUAAUCCCCAUGUAUCUAAUCCGCAUGUAUCUAAUCCUCAUAUAUCCAAUCCUCAUGUAUCUAAUCCGCAUCCAGCUAAUCCUCAUGUAUCUAAUCCUCAUCCACCUAAUCCUCAUGUAUCUAAUCCGCAUCCGUUGAAUCCGCAUUCGUCGAAUCCUCAUGUAUCCAAUCCUCAUCCAUCUAAUCCUCAUCCAUCUAAUCCUCAUGUAUCCAUUCCUCAUGUAUCUAAUCCUCAUGUAUCUAAUCCCAACACCAUCUUCUGGCCUUCUCCACCUCACACACUUCACAGGUCAUGGGAGUUCUCUAUUCCAUCGAGUGUUGCGUUCAUCCCCCCAUUGGUCGGACAUCUUGGUCCUCUCGAUCCUCCACCGUUUCUGGAUGAGACCGUCCGUCCUCUCUCUGUACGUUCCGUCCAGGUCCUCGGGGCCCCUAUAGGUCACGUUGUAUCUCCAGAGACCCUCCAUGUCUCCACCUCAUCAUCUCCAUCUACCAACAUGUUUCCGGACUUUGUGACCUGCUUCGUAGCUCAGACCGGGGGAGACGACAUGUUGGGACAUUAUGAAGACGUCUCAGGGGAUGGACCCGUCUGUAAUGAAGAGGAUCUUCCCGCUGAGCUCGGUCACCGUAUGACGCAGAACGCCCUCGUGUUACUCGUGAUGAAGAUCGUCGCCUUCAAGCUGAUCAUCUUCGACCUGCUGCUGACUGGGGCGGCCAUGAUGGAAACAUGUUCACACCAGUAGGAGUAAUGGUGGAGCUCUGUGCACAGUAUACAGGAUGAUAUACAGCAGACUUAUAUGAUUAACCCUCUGCCGGAUCCACUUCUCUCUGGGGGCCCUAAUGUCACCGUAUGGUGGUUGGGGGGGGUGGACACAGCACUUCUUAUCGUCAGGGGUUGUCUAUAAUAAGACAAUCAUGGCUGCAUUCUUCUAGGCACAGUGCCAUCCUGACCAGUGGUUGUGUCUGGCAUUGCUGAGCUGUAGUUCCACACACAACCUGUGGACAGGUGUGGCGCUGUUUUUAGAAGACUGCCAUGUUAUUUGUUUUAUUCUGGAUGUUCCCUUUAAGAUGCACAGAUCUUAACCUGUCUCUGGAGUAAAGAGAAAUAAAAGUUCUGAUA